CAAAGCCACACAGCAAAAUAUCUCUCACCCAGUAUCGGCCACCGGGACCCAAUCGGUGACCAAAGCAUGCAUCAUGCUCAUGCUACUAGUGUCAGAUUCAAAGCUUUGAGAACUGCUGGAUUCAGUGCCAUGGUGUUCCGUAGAUGUUUUCAUGUCGCUCCUUUUGUCUUCCCAUGCCUGCAACCCAGUCUUCUUCCCUGCGCUCAGUGUGUGAUGAUUCCUCGCACCAUCACUGCCCAAAAGAGUAUUCGCCGAGAGACCAGUGAGAACCUAAAGAAAGAGAGGGAUUCCUCUUUCGCCUGGCAUAAUUGGCUUCCGUUACUUCUCGCUGUGCGCCACAGAGAAGGGUCGCAUGACGGCGUCCGCGCGCAGGCUGCUGGGCGCGUUCUCCGAUACGCACGCGGCGGCCAACGGGACCAGGCCGCACACGGGCAGCGGCAAUGCGGAUUUCGACACCAACAUGGUCAUCAUCCUGGCGGCGCUGCUCUGCGCCCUCAUCUUCGCGCUGGGGCUGAACUCCAUCGUGCGGUGCGCGCUGCGGUGCGGGCGGCGUCUGGCGUUCGAGACCCCCGAGGAGGCGGCCACCAGGCUGGCGGCGACGGGGCUCGAGAAGCGGGCGCUCCGCCGCAUCCCCGUGGCGGUGUACGGCUCCGGGGCCGACAUCCCCGCCACCGACUGCCCCAUCUGCCUCACCGAGUUCGCCGACGGCGAGAAGGUCCGGGUGCUCCCGCGGUGCCACCACGGGUUCCACGUCAGGUGCAUCGACAAGUGGCUAGCUUCCCACUCCUCCUGCCCGACCUGCCGGCAGUCGCUGCUCGACCAUGGCACGGGGGACGGCGCAUGCCGCAGCAACGGCGGCGGACAUGGCGAGCUCACACUGGCCUAGCCAGUCGAGGUCCUCAGCUCUGGGUUCUUCUCGACAAUCAAAUUGUUUCGGCAUGUAAAUUUGUAGGCUUGGCGUGGAAACAGAGGAAGAAGAUUGUGUCAAAAACAACUCUUCUUUUUCUUGAUUUCUUUAUGACUUUUUUUUUUCUAUUUUAUUUUUAGAGACAAAAUGAUUUCUGUUCUCCUAUUUAAAAUUCUAGCUUUAGAGUCUAUUUAAGAACACAGACUAAGAAAUCAACAGUUGGCUCUCAUUAUA